AUGCUCAUGAAUAGCAAGGGCAACCCAGAGACUUUAACAAACAGGUUGCAACCAAAAAUCAGGCUCUUACUUAACAGGGCUCGGCGCCCUGGAACACCCUCGGAAGGAUCUGGUGGGGGUCAGGCAGGGAGAAAGGACGCCCCGGGCGCGCAAGCCCCAGGCCGGGACUCUGUGCUCAGCCUCAAGGCUGCGCGCGUGGCUGCACGCAGGGCGCCCACGCGGGAUGCUGGUUUGCUGCGGGUCAAAUCUUUCCCGCUCGUGUCCCUAGUGCCCCGCCUCCAGGUUGCAAAGGCCGAGGCACAGCUCCCGGGUCGCCCGGCGCGGGUCGGGUUCCGAGCGCCUCCCCUGGUCGCCGCUUGCCCCCGCCUCCGUCCUCCGCUCCUGGGAGACACGGGUGGGAAGGGCACGCCCAGAGGCCGGGAGCCUAAUGCCUGGGUCCACGGAAAGGGGCAGUCCCGGGGCGCCGGCUCACUGCAGGCAAGAGGGGGGGCCGCCAGCCGCCCCCACGCAGAGCUGGGCGUGUGUGAGCGGCCAGAGACAACCCUGGCACUCGGCCACCGCGUACGCGCGUCCCCGCUUGCCAGCGCCUGGCGCCCGGUGCAGCGCUGCCAAUUCCAGCUGCGCCUUGCAAGUCUCAGACUGGGCGACCGGAGCCACCUCUGCCCUGGAGUCCGAGGGACCGGCGCCUCUCAGGACCUGGCGAGCGGACAGAAAAGGGAAGCCAGGCGAGAGGAGCGGAAACUCGGAUACCCGCCUCCUUCCGAGGAAGCCCAGCAGCCCCGCUUGUCCAGGGUGGGGAGACUGAGGCACAUUGUGAGUUCAAAUGUGGCCAAGUUAUGCGGAAAUUCUGCAAUGAAAUUUUAUACGGAAAUGCAAUGUCUUGAAUUUAGUGUCACUGUGAUUCCAAAGGUGGAGAUCUUGCCUGGACCAAAAGCUUCUGUCUUCUAUGCGCCAGGCCAAGCCAGACACAGAGAAGCUGAAGGAAAAAAUGACAGGACAGGAGGACGAUGGAUGAAUCCAACUUUGCAAUGUGGGAACCCCACAGAGCUGGGAAAAUGAAGAGUUGCUGACCCAAUGAGUAAACAACCCUCUUCUACACACCUCCCUUGGAAAGACAGAUGCAACUUGCUCUGGACCUUCAUGGUGAUCCUCAAACAACUGUGAGGCUCAGUCCUUCCUGCACCUGUUCCAGACUCCCUGGACUGGACAGAUGUCGCCUCCCUGAUGGACAUCAGCACAAACUCCUGUCUACUAUGGGGCUCCUCUGAGCUGCCUUAUCUUCUUGUCACGCACAUCCUGACUUCACAUUUCCUUUCCUGAUCUCAUUGAGAAAUGAGAAAUUGGGUUAUGCGCUACCUAAUUCUAUUUGCCUUAUUAUUCCUUAGAAAUCCGAGUCCUGGGGAAGGAGUGUAAUGGAAGGAGUCUGAAGAUGGCCAGGCUACGGUGACUGUACCAUUUUGAAUAAAUUUCUGUUUUUUUCUUAUUUGCAAAACUAGAAACAAAUUGUAUGAUUUCUGGGCUAGCCUCACCUUCCCCAAAGGAGAGCCCCACAACUUAGGCUUUUGGCAGGACUGCUGUGGGCUUGCUCAGGUGGACAUUCUCUUGACUUUGUGAUUGAUGUCUUAAAGUUUUUAACUAAAUAACUUUAAGCAAGAGACUUGAAACAGGUAGGGGACGAUGAGAUGGGGGACUAUCUACCCUUUAAGACAGAAGGACUUGACCUCCUUCGGCUUCUCUCCUCUCUGGCAGGACCCUCCACUUCCGCAGUCUUUUUCUCUGUCUCCUCCUCCCAUGGUAGUGUCAUGCAUGGGGUCUUUUUGCCUUAACUUUGCUAAGCUUUCUG